GAAACGAGGAGACAACAGGACAGUGCGAUUUUAUUUGGGGCUCAGUUGUGCGCAGGAGCCGAAUCAGGAAACACGUCGUAGUUGCGUCGAGCGGAGACAGCAGAGUUAAAUAGUCAUUGGAAUUGCCCACAAAGUAACCAAGGAUUUGCUAAAGAAGAUGAAACUAUCUGGUUUUCGGCAGUCCCUGUCCAGGAUUCAAGGAUUGGGCCAUGGCCUAAACGCAACUCUGAUUUGCUCGGCACUCCUGGCACUUUUGGUAACUACUGCCCACGGAUUGCAGCUGAGUGCCUUCACAACGAAGACGCCACGGGUCAGCAAGUACACCACCAAGUCGCCAUCGGCCUCCUCUAUGAACCAUGAUGCCACAACCUCGCUCUAUCGAUUCAAUGCCACCAAUGGCAUCACCUGUAUCCUGAUGCAGGUGGAUGGCCUAAUCAGCAUUAAGUACCGGAACAAACUGAACGAGGAUGUGGAGGCCGAUCUCUACAUGCCGGAUGAUCCCCAGCUCAGUGGCGAGUGCGUGGAGUCCAACAUGGAAAUUCUUAAUAUGGACUUUAAAGGUUUCCGGCUCUCCAUGACAUUUAAAAAGUCAUCAGGCGGCGAGGGCUGGUAUAUCAACCUCUUCGAGCUGACCUACUCGUCCUCCAACUGGCUGUUCGAACACCCCGAUCGCCCCAAUUUGGAUGUGAAGCUAACUUCGCCAGCACAAACGCCCAUGUAUUUUCCCACGCCGGUGGGCAAAUCCUAUGUGUGCGACAAGGAGCAAACUGUGAUCAUGUACGCCCCACACGAUUCCGGCGACCAGUCGGGGCACAUAGCCAAGUUGUUUUUGCGGGACAUGCACAUGCAGAGCUUCAUGUUCAAGGACAGCGGCAAGUGGGGUCCGUCCUUCCACUGCAGCGCCACAGGAUCCUAUCGCGAUGAGACGGCGCCCUUGGCUGUCGGCACUGCCCUUGCAAUUGCCGUGCUGCUUACUAUAUCCGGAUACGGCGGCUGGAGGUAUUUUAAAAUCAAGAAGGUCCAAUACGGUUCCAUGGAGUGAGCUGCCAGUGAGUCCUGUGAAGCGUUCGUUUUCGUUCAACUAUUCGAUCAUAUCGUUGUCUACACAUAUCCCCCACGUUUGUUGGAUCUAUUGCAAUCCUGUAGUCCUAUUUUUAAACUUUAAGCGUCAAAAUUAAGAGUUGUCCCGGCAGAUAAUGAGAAUUAACAUUUACGAGGUUAUCGAAAGCAACUAAAGAUACAUAUAUGAGAAAUGCAAAUGUCUUCCAUAUUGUUAAUGUAUAAAAUAAUAGCACACCAUAUAUGAUUAUUAAAUGUUAAUAUAUAUCAUUAUUAACCAGAAACUAUUAUUUACCAGGCAAACUAAUCUUAACGAAAGACCAAAGCUGGCAUCGUGGACGUCAUGAAAAAUCUUAUACUCAUGCUUUGGCAUUUUUAGCAAAGCAUCUAUACUAUAAAUAUCCGUUUUUUAUGACACAUUGUUAAAGAAAAUCUCCUGCACCUCCUAUUAAACAUUCAUUAUCUCUUAAUCCAUUCGAAAGUUUGCCAAUUGAUAUAUUGAAAGAUUAUGUGUGGAGAAACAUAUAGGAACUUUAAAUGCUUUUUGUUUAUAAUUAGUCUUAAUGAGUUUGAUUAAAGUGAAAAUAAAUACUGAUGCCUGCUGAA